GUGAUGGGAAAAACUGUGAACCAAUCCUUUAAGGGGAACCAAUCCUUAAAGUUACAGAGGUAUGUGACUUUCUCCACAGUUUACACAUUUGCUUUUGUUAAUAGGAUUGGAAUAAAGUUAUCAUCAUUCGUCUCAAUCUCCUACAAAGCAAAUCUGUUAUGAAACAUGUGAUGAGCAUUUUCAGUGACUUCCUGUCACAAGGUAUCACUAGUAAAAUUCGGGAUUGUUCGAUGGUCCCUGAACGUAUCCUUUCUUUUGCUCCCAUCACGCUUUGCGGCCACAAGCUCAGAAAUCAGGUGUAGCCGACUGGGCGCAGCGCAGCUUCAAUUACAAUAACAGUGUUACAUCAGCUGAGAUAAUAUUGAUGUGGAUUUCAUAACACAGCAAGUAUGUGUCAUCGAAUCGAUGAUGUUAUGAAGCUGUGUUGUGAGUUAUCUGCCAAUCAGCAAAUCCAGACCACAGUGAGGGGCUCAGGGAAGGGAGCAGCAGCAGCUGGGGGGUUGGCCUUCGCUGGAGGGUUGGUUGGAGGUCCUCUUGGUAUUGCAGUGGGUGGUGCUGUCGGAGGUCUUCUUGGCUGCUGGCUGACCAGUGGACAGUUUAAACCUCUGCCUCAGAUCAUCAUGGAGCUCAGUCCUCAGCAGCAGCAGAAGCUUUAUGGUGAUCUCAUGGCCAUCCUGGGAGACAUUCAGUGGACAGAUUUGGCUCAGCUAACGGCUUUGGUGAUGGGCAACGCCGCCCUGAAGCAGCAGCUUACAGUCGCUCUCCUUGGGUAUAUCACCAAGGAGCUCCAAGCAGAGGUGCACUAUGUGGAUUAAUGACUGUGGACACACUGGCUCAGGAGGAUAGAGAGCCUUUGAAAAGAACAUGAACUGUUUUUAUGAAGCUGGACAGACUCUUAAUUAAAUGUGAAAUCACAUACUAAUAUUGCACAGCCAUCACAGUCCUGGUAACAGGUAACACUGGUUAAAAGUUUGCACAUUAAUGUGAAUUCAAACAGCUUUAUAACUGGAUUAAUUUAUUAUGUGAAGUGCACUUAUCAGCUGAAGGAUUCUUUUAUUAUGCCUACAAUGGCACUGAUAAUCAAAUCUGGCUGUAAAAGUUACCAUGAAUUAAGGUCUGACAAUAUAAAACUGGGGUACAAAGGGUACAAAUUACCUAUCAUAUAUUAGACAGUUUGAAAUAUGCAGACUUUGUGUAAAUGUAUUAAGCACCACACUAUUUAAGAGUAGGAAUUUACCAGCAUCUGUGCACAGUGUGGUUGACCAUUUCAUCAAUAAAAACAAAAACAAAUUUG